UAUACUGAUAACGGGAUUUCCAUUAUUGACUCAAUAAAAAUACAUGGGAAAUUUAAAUAGCGCAAAAACAAGUUCUGAAUACAAUUGGGAUUUCCUUGUGGAUGUGCGCACGCAUUGACAUCUUCUCGAUCGUACUAGUAUGUACUUGACACGCGCGAUGAUUUAAUCUGGCAAACAGAGUAUCGAUACUCCCGUAUGCAUAACAGAAUGAUCAGUUACCCUGGGGAUACCACAAAGCCCACACGGAAGAUGUAUUUAAAAUCAGGAAAGGCAUUGCUGGUGCUAUUGACAAUGUGUUGUAUUAUCUCGUUACAUUCUUGUGAACCCCAACGAACCGCCGAUUUAUCAAAUUCCACCGAUCAGGAGAAUCCGAUUGCCCACGGGGAGUUAUUCGCCAUCAAGAAAUUCACAGUUCCGGUGGAUCAUUUUAGUUUCUCUUUGAACAAGACAUUCGAGAUUAGAUAUCUUGUCAAUGAUACGUGGCAACGCGGGAAAAACGCGCCAAUAUUUUUAUACACUGGCAAUGAACUGUAUAUUGAGGACGCCGUUGGAGCUGCGGCGUUUAUUUAUGAUAUUGCGCCGGAGUUUGGAGCUCUGAUUGUCUUCGCAGAACACCGUUAUUACGGUGAGUCACUUCCAUUUGGGAAAGACUCAUUCUCGAAUCCGGAUAAAUGGGGUUAUCUGACCUCCCAGCAAGCUCUGGCCGAUUACGUCGAUCUGAUUGGGUUUCUGAGAUUGAAUUCGACGAUGGAACACAGUCCGGUGAUCACUUUCGGGGGUUCAUAUGGGGGAAUGCUGAGCGCAUGGAUCCGAGUGAAAUAUCCUCACGUUGUUCAGGGUGCUAUAGCUUCAUCUGCACCAGUCUUCCAGUUCUAUGGCGUGCGCGAUUGCCAGCCAUACUUCCAAGUUGUCACAUCAACUUUCGAAGCAGUUGACUCUGAAUGUCCGAAACUUAUUCGCCAAUCUUGGAGUGCCAUCGACAAUCUAACGUCUUCAGAUGAAGGUCGAGACUGGUUAUCAAAAAAAUGGAAUCUAUGUACUCCCAUAUCAAAUAAAACUCAUAUCGCUCAAUUGAAGAGAUGGUUGCAACGUCGUUAUACAUCCCUUGCAAUCACGAAUGAUCAGCAUUCCACGUCCUCAUACUCUGCGGAACAAAUCAAUAAAAUAUGUACACUCCUGAAAAACGCGAGCACAGAUUCUGAUAUUGGAAUUUUAUCCGGAUUGGGACUGGCGACGAAGAAUUUUUUGUUUGCCGAUGACGAGUGCAUCACAACUGCCGAUGAGCCCAUCCUGGAUCAGCAAUGGAACUACCAGGUGUGCACUGAGUUAGUGAUAAAUCUCUGCACCGAUGGGAUUCGCGAUAUGUUUCAGCCGGAGCCAUUCGACUUCGAAGGAUUCACUAAAGACUGCAAAGAGAAGUUCGGUGUAGUUCCUCAACUGGGUAUGGCAUGCAAAAUUUACGGAUGCUCGGAUUUCAGUACUGCCACUAAUAUAGUCUUCAGCAAUGGAUUACGUGACCCCUGGCAUGUUGGAGGUGUCCUGAAGAACGUAUCUGAUUCGGUGAUCGCUGUGAUCAUCCCGGAAGGAUCACAUCAGUUUGAUUUGGCGGGCAGUCAUCCGGAGGAUCCAAAGUCCGUUAUCGAAGCUCGCAAUAUUCACAGAACUUUUAUUUCUAAAUGGAUUCAAGAAUACCACGAAGCGACGAAGGUUUCAUUAUUAAUCCAAUGAUUAUAAUUACAUAAUAAACAUUUUAUGGAAGACAAAUAAGUAUUCAGCUUGCGUAAUAAAAGAAUUUGAACCCA